AAAUAUCGGUUUCGAUCUUUGGUCGCUCUGUUUCCAUUUUCAUUCCCCUUCUUCGUCUGGUUCGUUCAAGUUCACAAUGUGACGACUGACGAGGGAGGGCAAUAGAAAAAUCACUCAAUCUGACUGUGAACUGUGCAAUAGAAGAGAUGGGGGAGGCUGCUUCGAGGAAACUUCCUGUAUGGUGGCUGGGCUGGCCCCUCCGGUCUGCAUCGACCCCAAAAGAAGCGAAAAAGAUAUAUAUAUAUAUAUAUAUAUAUAUAUAUAUAUGACCUUUCUGUUCUGCUCGUUCGAUCGAUCAGAUUUCAUUUCAGUUGGCAUUAUAUGUAUAGAUAGAUGGGCGAUCUAGGUCCCACCUUCUCUUCUCUCUCUUCCAUCUCCCGAAGGAAAAGAGCUCUGAGCUUGAGAGCAACUGGGUUGGGUUGGACUUAAUUUUUUGAUUCAUAGUUCUCAUCGGUCACUCGAUUUGUGCUUAGAGGUACUGUCCCUCUCCACACCCCCUCUCUCUCUCGUACUUGUCCGCAGACUAGCACUAGUACAGGUUUGUGUGCAGGCGGAUUCAAAGGUUUCUGAGAUUAGACAAAGAUGGGACCAAUAGAUGAGAGGACGGAGCUAGAUUCAGACGAGGAGAUUCCUUUCAGCACAUCACCAGCUGUGAGGAAGUCGCACGCGUUUGAUUGUGAGGCAGUUCAUUUGGGGACACGCAGAGGUGCUCUCAACUCAUGGAUUCGGAAGCAGAUGGGUUUCAGAACUCUGAGGAGUAUCUACAUCGUACUACUUACAGCCAAGAUUAACGUUUUAUUGCCUUUUGGUCCGGCAGCAAUACUGUUGCAUUACCUCACUGGGAAGCAUGUAAGGAUGGCUCUCGACUAUCUCUCUUGCUAUAUCUUGCUAGGCAUCACCCCCUUGGCAGAGCGCCUGGGUUAUGCCACCGAGCAACUUGCAUUCUACACGGGACCAACAGUUGGUGGUCUUUUAAAUGCCACGUUUGGUAACGCGACGGAAAUGAUUAUAUCAAUUUAUGCGUUACAGAACGGGAUGAUAAGGGUUGUUCAACAAUCUUUGCUGGGCUCCAUUCUGUCAAAUAUGCUUUUAGUUCUUGGAUGCGCCUUCUUCACUGGUGGCAUUGUUCACCACGAGAAGGUUCAACUUUUCAGUAAGGCAGCUGCCUUGGUGAACUCGGGGUUAUUGCUGAUGGCUGUAAUGGGAUUAAUGUUCCCAGCUGUUCUUCACUUCACCCACACGGAGGUCCACUUCGGAAAGUCGGAGCUUGCUCUCUCGAGAUUCAGCAGCUGCAUAAUGCUUGUGGCAUAUGCAAGUUAUCUUUUCUUUCAGCUAAAGAGUCAACCCAAUCUCUAUGGUCAAAUUGGCGAGGAAGGGGCCAACGAAGAAGAUUCCGAGAAUGAAGAGGCCCCUGAAAUUACUCAAUGGGAAGCCAUUGGUUGGCUAGCUAUUUUGACAUCAUGGGUCUCCAUAUUGUCGGGAUAUCUCGUCGAUGCAAUACAGGGAGCAUCCGACUCAUUACACAUUCCGGUGGCCUUCAUUAGUGUUAUACUGCUACCUAUCGUGGGAAAUGCAGCAGAGCAUGCAAGUGCAAUAAUGUUUGCCGUGAAGGAUAAGCUUGACAUCACCCUGGGAGUUGCUAUUGGGUCCUCUACACAAAUAUCAAUGUUUGUGAUACCCUUCUGCGUUGUUGUUGGGUGGUUAAUGGGAAAACCUAUGGACUUAAACUUUCAACUCUUCGAGACUGCUACGCUUUUUGUUGCGGUGCUUGUAGUGGCAUUUAUGUUGCAGGAAGGGACAUCGAACUACUUCAAAGGCUUGAUGCUUAUUCUUUGCUAUCUCAUAGUUGCAGCCAGCUUCUUUGUGCAUGUAGACCCGGCAAAUGAUGAUGAUUGAUGCAGGGCAACAUUUUUGCAUGAAGCGAAGCGCCUCUGAUUGUGUCCAAGGGAUCCUACUGUCUCCAGCGACUCUCAAGUUCCCUCGACCGGUGCUUGCUAUGAUGGGGAAACCUCUAUGGUCUCACAGCAUCUCGAAGGCGGAGAAAUUUUUGGGCCAAAAUUUGUAAAAUACAGUAAAAAAAUAGUCAUCCCAGUUAUUCUCCCUUUUAUUGGUUUUAAUUCUUGCUGUCCCGUUUCAAGAUUAACCUACUCUUCUGCUUCUUUUGCUUUGGCAUCAAACUCAUUGUAAUAUCAUCGAUGUGUUCAACUUCAUUACGGAAAUUCCAGAUUAUUUGUCGGGUUUGUC